UUUUUCUAUCUUUGGCCGAGUCAGCCGGUUGAGCCAGUAGACAUCACACGCAGUGAGUCGUGUUUACGUUUUUUCUUCCUUCCCUGGCCGUCUUGCCACCUGCAGGCUGCUUGCAGCGCCGGUGACAGGAUACCGAGCCGCUAAUGAGCAUCUAGGGCAGAAACUUCACUGUCACCGUCACCGGAGCCGGUGUUUGUGUUUUUCCUCUGCCAGAGUGCAGCUCUGGAAAUUUGACAUUUUGAAGAAGCGCCGCUGUCUUUAUCUUGCAGCCCGAGGAAUCAGAAAUGAGCGGACGAGUGGGAGACCUCAGUCCCAAACAAGCUGAAGCCCUGCAGCAGUUUCGAGAGAGGAUCCAAGACGUUCUUCCUCAACUUCCAUUGCAGCAUGACCACUUCCUGUUACGCUGGCUCAGAGCCAGAAAUUUCAACAUCCAGAAGUCUGAGGCUAUGCUGCGAAAGCAUCUAGAGUUCAGGAAACAGAUGAAAGUUGACACCAUAAUCUCUGACUGGCGUCCACCUGAGGUGAUAGAAAAGUAUCUGUCGGGGGGGAUGUGCGGCCACGACCGCGAGGGCUGCCCCAUCUGGUACGACGUCAUCGGCCCCGUGGACCCCAAAGGCCUGUUCCUGUCCGCCUCCAAGCAGGACUUCAUCAAAUCCAAGAUCAGAGACUGCGAGAUGCUGCAGAAGGAAUGUAACCUCCAGUCAGAGCGGCUGGGUAGAAACGUGGAGUCCAUCACCAUGAUCUACGACGUUGAAGGUCUGGGACUCAAACACUUGUGGAAGCCUGCGAUAGAAACAUACGGAGAGAUCCUCCAGAUGUUUGAAGACAACUACCCAGAAGGCCUGAAGAGGCUGUUUGUUAUUAAAGCUCCCAAACUUUUCCCCGUGGCCUAUAACCUCGUCAAGCACUUCCUGAGCGAGAUCACGCGGCAGAAGAUCUGCAUCCUGGGGGCGAACUGGCAGGAGGUGUUACUGAAGUACAUUGACGCAGACGACCUGCCGGCCAUCUACGGGGGGAAAAUGACCGACCCCGACGGAGACCCUCGCUGUCGGACCAAGAUAAACCACGUUGGACCGGUCCCCCCGUCCUACUACGUGCGGGACCACGUUAAGGUGGACUACGAGCAGUGCAUGACCGUCAGCCGCGGCUCCUCCCAGCAGCUGGACUACGAGAUCCUGUUCCCAGGCUGCGUUCUGAGGUGGCAGUUUUCCUGCGAGGGCGCAGACAUUGGCUUCGGGGUGUUUAAAAAAAACCAAAAGGGUGAGUGGAAGAAGGCUGCCGAGAUGGAGGAAAUCAUCCUCAGCCAGCGGUACAACGCUCACCUGGUCCCCGAGGACGGGUCGCUGACCUGCGAGCGUCCAGGAGUCUACGUGCUGAGAUUUGACAACACCUACAGCAUCUUCCAGGCCAAGAGAGUCAGCUUCACUGUGGAGGUCCUGCUCCCGGACCACCUGCAGGCGGCGCAGAGCAACGGGCGCACCAGCAAGCGCGGGCCCGCAGAGGCCGACACCAAAAUGUAACGGUGGCAGCCACGGGGUCGGAUCAGCCGCCGCAAGUAAAGAACAGCCUGACACACUUGACGUGAACCGGGACACGCUGCCUUUGAACUGUGAGGUAACGGCGUUGCAGCUGACUGCUGCGUGGCAUGCGUGGGAGGACUUCGCUGCACUUAUUCUGCUCCACACUGAUGGCUGGGAGGUUGGGGCAGCUUCACUGGGACGCCGGACUUGCGUUGGCAUCGCGUUUUUUUUUUUUGUUUGUUUUUUUAUGAAGAGCACUGAAAUCGAGAUUAUGUUAAACUAAUUCUGCCACGUAAAACGUCUCCCGUCCUUAACCGUCUGCAGAAACCGUCCAAAGUAGAGCUGCAGGUCUCUUGCAGACGUCAGAGUUUCCCAUUACUACGAGUACUGGUAGGCUCCACAAAAUAACGUCUUGCAAGCAAAUUUAAAGGUUUAAAGCUUUGGUCUGUUGUUUUUUUAUUUUUAUUAUGGUAAUGACCACCGAUUCAAAUCACAAUAGCUUUAAUGUUGGAAAAUAAAUCUGAAGUAUUACAUCUUUAUGUAAAUGUAAUGUAAUGUAAAUGUGGGAAAUCUUGUGCGAUGUUGAUCUCAUCUCAGCAGAUAAUUCCUGAAUGUAGAUAUUUGAGUUUGGUUGUUUGUUUUUUUGAAUAUUAUGUAUUAACUCAUCCGGACGUGCUGCAAGAUAUGUGUAUAUGUACAUACUCAUAUUUAAAUAUACUUCAGGUCUCGCUGGCUUAAUGUGUUCUCCUGGAGGAAUGUUAAUCUGUCGCUGUUGUACGGCCUCUAAAUAAAGAUAUUCUACAAGUC